UCGUUCGAGAAGGUACCGACGACGUAACCUCGAGAUCUUUGGAGCUGCUGGAUUAAAAAUAUAUUUAGACGUUCUUGUUAUUGAAGGCAUCCAUCUGGAUAACAACUUUUGCGCGAUUUAGGAGAAACUGAUCGCACUAACUCGCAUGGACCAUGUCUUAGCCGUUUCGAUAAUUACAAAUGACCAAUUACGUUGAUGAAUUACGACAAAUUGCGGCAAUCUAACAUUACUCAGGGACAUUAAACGAGGAGCUACCGCACCCCGCAUUUAUCAAUCCUCCGCAAUGGAGUCCACCUGCCGGGGUAAGAAGUUUCAAUCCAGUUGGAAAUUGUCUCCUCCCACGGUGGACUUGGAAAGGAAGAAUAGCCCCGUGAAUCCUUACUAUCGAUCCGUUUGCGCGUGGACGACGCAUCCGAAAUUGACGCCCCCGGACGUGAGGGACGAUGAUGGAAGCGACGUCGUUAGCGUCUUGCCGGAAUUCGAGCGCGGCUUGAAUUUCUACGCAAAGUCAUGUUCUUGCUGUUUUCGAGAAACCCCUAAUGGGGAACUUUUAGACAAAACGAUCAGUGCGAAACACCGUGAUUGCUGCAAGGAGGAUUGGGCAAGGAAGGCAGCUUACCGGAAGAUUAAGGCAAAAGCAGAACGCGCCGUCAAAAGGCACAAGAUAUUCCUCAUACGAGGUGAGCUGCCGAGACUGAAAGAGGCACUAGAGGCGCGGGGCUGGGUACAGAAGUACGAGCCGGCCAGAACGAGACCACUGCCAUACGGCGUCGCGGCCAGCUCGGAGGCUCACUCCUUGGGCGAUAUCACGCAAGCGGACGGUACAUUGAACGAAAAGGCGGUGAUUUUCGCUUUGCUGCGUCGCAGGCAGCCCGACUUCAUCUGGGAUUGUAGAAACGAUUUCGUCGAAUGGCAUCGCGGGCUCGGGCCCAAUAUCCUGCUCAAUAAAUACCAGAGAUCCUUCGUUUAUACGUCAAAGCUCGGAAUGGCACGCUUGCUGAGAGGCGCGUACUGGCUACACGAGGAGAACGUGUCUAGCGUGCUGUUCCCACGUAGCUACGAUCCCAGCGCGGAGCGUCGCGCCUUCCUGGAUGACUUCCGGUUGACCGCGGCGGCGGGUUUGCUCAAGUGGUUCGUACAUGCCGUGAACGCGGACGAGAACAUCCUUGUGGUCGAUCUGGCGGAACGACGAGCGAUUCCGAUCUCAAGGUUGGAGUUUGCCGCGGAACGUUGCCAGGAAUUCGUCGACGUCGCGACGCACGAGGAUCUCGAUGUCGACGAUCGCGAUGAGCGAUCGUCCGACGAGGACUGGGAUUCCUUCUUGGACGAUUGCAUGGCGGUGCUUCACCACGGUGCCGGCAUCGAUGGCUCAUUAGAACAAAGCCGCGAACAAAUUCAGAGAUGUUUCCUGACUGCCGUCGUGACUUUGGAGAAAUUAAAGACCGUCGAUCCGCAAUACGAGAUGAGCGGCAUGAGAGGCAUUUGGAUCCUGAAGCCCAGCCAUCUGUGCUGCGGAAAUGGUAUCGUUAUAUCCCACAAUCUUAAAGACAUCUUGCGCAGGGUCGAGGAGAAGCCGAAGGACUAUUACAUUGUACAAAAAUAUAUCGAACGGCCCCUGUUAAUCAAAGAGACCAAGUUCGAUAUAAGAUUGUGGUAUCUGGUGACGUGCACCUUUCCUCUCACGAUAUGGCUGUUCAAAGAGGCGCUCUUCCGCUUUAGUUCGAAGCCGUACACUUUCUCGACUUACCACGAAGCGAUUCACAUCUGCAACACCGCCGUUCAAGAGAAGUACAACGACGAAAAGAGACGUAGACAGCGUCGCAGGCAGGAUGGCGGUCUCCCCGAGGAACCAGCCGAUAGCAGGUCGUUGCGCGAUCAAGGAUGGGACUGCGAGAAGCUGAACGAAUACUUGAAAUCCAUAGGCCAUAGAGGCGAACCGUAUUACGAUCUAAUUUACCCGAAAAUGGCGGAGGCCAUUGUCUUGAUGAUGCUGGCUGCACAGGACCACAUGGAGAGGCGUCGUUGUAGCUUCGAACUGUACGGUGCCGAUUUCGUGCUGGCCGAAGAUAUGUCAGUCUGGUUGAUCGAGAUCAACACCAAUCCGCGUAUGCAUCCGCCCAGUUCGCGGUUGACGAAGCGUCUCUAUUCUAACGUGCUAGAAAGUCUGGUGAAAGUGAUAAUGGACGUGCCGAUGGAUGCUUGCGCCGACACGGGCGGCUUCAGUCUGGUUUACAAGCAGAACGUACCCGACUUCCAACCUUACCUCGGUCCGUGCCUCCUCGUGGCCGGGAAGUCGAUGACACUGCACGAGCCCCCUCGGAGAAAACCGGAAAAAGAAAAGAAGGCAAAUAUUUGCGGUCUCUGGAGCGAUAGCAAACAACGACGUGCUAGGACCGACCCGCCCAUGGUUCCACGCUCGAGGGAGCCGAACGUGGUCGAUCUUAUUGAUCAUUUGAAUGCCGCACGAUGCACCGCGGCCAAUUGACCAACGCAAGGCUCUUCCGGUUGGCGUCCUGGUAAAUAAAAGCAGAUCCGCGGGUGUCGAACGAUCUCUUCGAUCUCCGAGAACGUGUGAGUGCAGUUCGCGACGGUUUCAGAGAGAAUUACCGUUUAGAAUUACCGUUUAAUUAGCAAAAUUCAUUAAGUUCAAAGUAAUUGGCUUUUUCUUAUCUGAUUAAUAAAAGAAAGAAAUUUUAUUGGAAGGAAUUUAAUUGAUUUAAUCAAAAUGCGUCAAAGGUCGUCAGAUCUUCUAUCAACAAUACAAUAAAGGGGCUUAGAUCGCGGAUAAUGACAUGAAAUAUGCUGCAUAUUACUAACUAAUUUAGUUGUUUAAUUUUAAUUAACGGGAAUUAUUAUGGAAUAUUAAUAUGCAAAUUUUCAUCUCGCAUUUCGAUUAGUCUUGAUGCAAGAUAGAUUCACACUGAAAUUUCAGUGAUUCUGUCGAUAUUAACGUAGAUUCGAGGUGGCCAACGGAAACAGGCGCAGGAGCACCCUCCUUUCUGGCUAAUUGGGGGAUGCUGCCGUGCGAUUGAACGCGAAAUUUACGCGCCCGUAUUUUUUCACGGUAAAUUUAGCGCGGCGUCGUUAAUUAACGAGCGCGAGAUAGCGCGCAGUGUAAUUAAUGUUGUCAUUAGCGGCGGUGUCCACACGCAACCAGCAUUCCUUCCUUCCGUGUUCCCGAGGAAGAUCGCGCGGCAUAAAAGGCGCGCCACCAGCGUUAAAUAUGCCGACUUAAACUUUAGUGAGAUAUAAUGAGGUAGAUCGUGAUCAACACCCUUUUGAGAGGAAGUUGCAGACGCGACUAUGCAAUGAUGUUCGGGGAUGGUUUUGUGUUAUACUUUACAUUUAGUUUCGAGAGAAUAACAGAAAAACUACUUCUGCAUAUCUAUCUAUAUGAGACAGCAAUCUUAAGAAUAAUUAAAACUUGGAGAAGGGAUGAUAUGAAUUAAACAAAUUAUAAAAUAAGAA